GCGUGAACACGCCUCCAUGUUCACGGAACACCGCUCCAUACAUACUGUUGUUAGCGACGCAGCCGUUGAACGGACUUUUCCACAUUUUGACAUUUUCACUCGCUACUACUCCCCCAAACACCACAGCUGGGUGCAGGUGACAGCGGGAGCUUCGGUUGCCCUGGUUUGGGUUCCAGCUUGUGACUGGCGGCUGUCCUGCAAGCCCCUCUGAGUAUGGUCAUACAAUGAAGAGACGCGUGGAGGACUUGGAACAAAUAUUUGUUUCGCAGCAACAGCGUCGCACCCUUGUUCAGAGUAACACAGAGACUUUCCAGUCCCGGGCUCUGGUCACAGCCCCCAAAGUGAUUGAGGCAACGAAAGACACCAUGCAGCCAUCUAGUGGCAUCCAAUACUCUAUACCACAAGGUUACCAGGUGUCUGCAAUGUCACAGAACACAAGUGGAAGUGGACACAAUAAUGCUGGGCCCCAUGUUGGUCCACAGGCUCACAGCAUUGCUGUCCAGUCCCAGGGCCAGGUUCAUAUUCACGCACCGGCACCUAUGUCCUCUGCACAAGGACAGUCACAGUUUCAGAGACUCAAGGUUGAAGAUGCUUUGUCUUACUUGGAUCAAGUGAAGCUUCAGUUUGGACAUCAACCACAUGUAUAUAACGAUUUCCUUGACAUAAUGAAGGAGUUCAAGUCUCAAAGCAUCGACACCCCUGGGGUUAUCAGCCGCGUGUCCCAGCUCUUCAAAGGUCACCCAGAACUUAUUAUGGGUUUCAACACCUUUUUGCCACCUGGAUACAAGAUUGAAGUUCAGACCAAUGAUCUGGUUAAUGUGACCACACCUGGACAGAUCCAUUACAUCACACCUCAUGGGAUCUCUGUUCAGAACAUACCAGUGACUGGAGCACCCACUCAACCAGCAAGCCCAUACCAGCACCAGAGCCUCCCUCAGACCAGCUCGCACACCACAACCACUCCACCCACCCCUGCCCACCCUCCUGUGACAAAAACCAACAAGCCAUUGCAGUCUCCAGCGCAUACCCCGACCAGCCAACCUAACCCAUCAAUCCCAUCCUUCAGUUCUCCUCGUUCGCCUUCAGUUCAGUGCCAUGCUCCUGUCAACAGCCCUCCAUCUGGUGGGCCACCGCUUCAGAACAAUCAGCCAGUGGAGUUCAACCAUGCUAUAAACUACGUUAAUAAGAUCAAGAACCGUUUCCAAGGUCAACCAGACAUCUACAAGGCCUUCCUGGAAAUCCUGCACACAUACCAAAAAGAGCAGCGGAAUGCAAAAGAAGCUGGUGGCAACUAUACUCCAUCACUGACUGAGCAGGAAGUCUACACUCAGGUUGCGAGACUCUUCAAGAAUCAGGAGGAUUUGCUGUCUGAGUUUGGACAGUUUUUGCCUGAUGCAAACAGUUCAGUGCUCUUAGGCAAGGCUUCUCCAGAAGGUGCCGAGUCUGUGCGUAAUGAUCAUGGAGGGACAGUAAAGAGACCCUUACUGAACAAACCAAGACUGGGUCAGAAUGGUCUGUUGCUCAAGAGACCAUUGACACCAGGACUUGUUCCCACCUUGAAGAAGAAGCACAAACUGCUGGGGAAGGAGCAUUUAAGUGAAGUGGGCAAACACAGCACCAGCACGGAAACCAUGUUCUUUGAGAAGGUAAAAAAGGCUCUGAGGAGCUCUGAGGCCUACGACAGUUUCCUUCGAUGCUUAUACAUCUUCAACCAGGAGGUGAUUUCAAGGGCUGAGCUGGUUCAGUUGGUUAUCCCUUUUCUUGGAAAAUUCCCAGAGCUGUUUUCAUGGUUCAAGAAUUUCUUGGGCUACCGGGAGUCAAACCAUGGUGACUUGAGUCACGCAGAGAGUCUGCCGAAAGAACGUGCAAUGGAAGGCAUCGCCAUGGAGAUCGAUUAUGCUUCCUGUAAGAGGCUGGGCUCUAGCUACAGAGCGCUGCCGAAGAGCUACCAGCAGCCCAAAUGCACAGGAAGGACGCCUCUGUGUAGAGAGGUUCUCAAUGAUACUUGGGUGUCAUUUCCUUCAUGGUCUGAGGAUUCCACCUUUGUCAGCUCCAAAAAGACCCAGUAUGAAGAGCACAUUUAUAGAUGUGAGGAUGAACGAUUUGAGCUGGACGUUGUAUUGGAGACCAAUCUUGCCACAAUUCGUGCACUUGAGUCCGUGCAGCAGCGUCUUUCGCGCAUGUCUGCGGAGGAACAGCUGCGAUUUAAACUGGACAACACACUGGGCGGCUCCUCUGAAGUUGUUCACCGUAAGGCUAUCCAGAGAUUAUACGGAGAAAGAGCCAAUGACAUCAUUGAUGGAUUGAAGAAGAAUCCAGCUGCUGCUGUACCAAUAGUCCUCAAAAGGUUAAAACAAAAGGAUGAAGAGUGGAGAGAAGCACAAAGAGGAUUCAAUAAGAUCUGGAGGGAGCAGAAUGAGAAGUAUUACCUAAAGUCCCUCGAUCACCAGGGAAUCAACUUUAAACAGAACGAUAUUAAAGUUCUACGCUCCAAAACGCUUCUUAAUGAAAUUGAAAUGCUGUUUGAUGAGCGUCAGGAGCGAGCAUCAGAAGAGACCACUGCUGCCCCACCAAGUGGUCCCCACAUAAAUCUGACUUAUGAUGACAGCCAGAUCCUGGAAGAUGCUGCGGCACUCAUCAUCCACCACGUGAAGAGACAGGGCAUCCAGAAAGAAGACAAGUACAAGAUCAAACAGAUCAUCAGCCACUUCAUUCCUGAUCUUCUUUUUGCCAAACGUGGCGAGCUGUCAGAUGUGGAAGAAGAGGAAGAAGAAGAACCAGAGGAUGUGGAGAUGGAAGGGGAUGGUUCCAAGCAGCACAAUGGCCUGCCACGCAGUGGUUCGAAGUCCAAGCUCCUGUUCAGCAACACCGCCGCUCAAAAGUUGCGAGGCACCGACGAUGCUUAUAACCUCUUCCUGGUCAACAACAAUUGGUACAUUUUCUUCCGUCUCCAUCACAUCCUCUGUUCGCGUUUGCUCCGCAUCUAUGGGCAGGCAGAGAAACAGAUUGUGGAAGACAGUCAGGAGAAAGAGUGGGAAAGAGAAGUGCUCGGGAUCAAGAAAGAAAAGACUGACAAUCCAGCCAUUCAACUUAAAUUGAAGGAGCCAAUGGAUGUUGAAGUCGAGGAUUAUUACUCAGUGUUUUUGGAAAUGGUGCGAAACCUCUUGGAUGGGAACAUGGAGCCAGCUCAGUACGAGGAUUCCCUGAGGGAAAUGUUCACUAUCCAUGCUUACAUUGCCUUCACCAUGGACAAACUCAUUCAGAACAUCGUCAGACAACUCCAGCAUCUCGUUACGGAUGACGUGUGCUCCCGUGUGACAGACUUGUACUUGAGCCAAAGUGCCAAUAAAGCCACAGGAGGUUCUUUGUCCACCCAUGCAUCCCGUGCCACAGCAGAGGCUACCUACCAGCGCAAGGCAGAGCAGCUAAUGUCCGAGGAGAACUGCAUCAAGCUCACAUUUGUGAAGAACCAAGGCUCUGUUACUCUUGGUCUCGAGCUGCUGGACACUGAAGAAGAUAACCCUGAUGAGCCCGCUGAGAGAUGGUUGGACUACAUGGAGCGGUACCUGAACACAGAUUCUGCGUCUCCUGAGCUGCGGGAUCAUUUGGCCCAGAAGCCGGUGUUUCUCCCCAGGAACCUGAGAAAGAUCCGCAAGUGCCAGAGAGGUUGGGAGCAGCUGCAGCAGGAGAGGCUGGCCAAAGACCCCUCUGAGAAAUUCCCGGAUGAAAAAGAGCUGAAGAUAAAGUGCAUGUUCAAGCUCAACUCGUACAAGAUGGUGUAUGUGUGCAAGUCAGCCGACUUCAUGUACCGACACACGGCACUCACGCGGGCUCACCAGUCCCACCAGCGAGUCCACAGACGUCUCCACAAACGCUUCCACUCCUGGUUGGACUCGUGGGCCAAAGAGCAUGUGACAAGCGACAUGGCGGCUGGCAGUCGCAGGUGGUUGAUGGGAGAAGGACAGGAAGACAUGGCAGCUUGUUCCACCACCUGCUGCCCCGAAGUUCUGCAUUACCUCACAGUUAACAAGUACCGGGUGAAGUACCCAGCGUCAUAGACACCUGUGUACUGCUAUCUUCCAUCCUGCCAAAAUCCCUCAAGGAUUCCGUACCUUCUCCCAGACAGAACCAGUUCAGGAACAGAAACGUCACUGUAAGUAUUCAGUGCUGCUGAUCACAGCUGUGGACACACUCCCCGUUAGCUCCUUUUCCACUUUCACUCUGAUACGAAAAGUGUUGUUGCAAGAUCAGCUUUCAGUACCACCGGACCAAAACGCUUGUUUUUGGUUGUGUCUAACCUGUACAGAGGAAGCAUUUGGUACAGUUUUUCAAUUUGUUGCUGGUCGUUCUGAACGUGGAACCCUGCAGCUCUGUAAAAAGCCAUUUGAGAAAAUUGAACCUGGCAAACUAAAACCUUUCAUCUUCUGGUUCCUGUCAUAAAUGUUCACGAUCACCCCUGUUUAUAUGCCCCCUUGUUGUUACACUCAUGUUACAACUGUAAAUGUGUGUAUAUGUAGAAUUUUUAUAGUCUGUGUAGUGACAUGAACACAUUGAUGUUAGAUGUUGCAAUUUUUUUUAAGGAAAUCUUUUUUCUUUGUUUUUUUUUCUUUUUUUUUAAACCAAAGAGGUGUUGUAGACCUUGAUCCACUUAGGGUGUUCUUCUCCCUCCCUAUGUUAAAACUGAGAAAAUAAACAAAAAAGAAAACAUUUUAAAGGCAACCUUUCCCAAAUUUUUACCCUUCGUCACUGCAGUUUUAACAGGAUUGAAUGUAGCCAAACUCGUUUGUAAAUAAAAAUGACGAGGGUGAGAAUCCGUCUUCACUGCAUCUGUUUUUGUUUUUCUAGAUUUUUUUUUUUGAAUGUCUACUGUUCUGCGUGUACAGUUUUCACAACAAAAAUGGCAAUAAUCCACCGUGAACGCAGUUCCCCUUCUGAGAAUGUUUUAGGAUGGAUGUCAAAACAUUUCUCCCUCUGCUGUUUAUUUAUUGAAAUAUGGCUGUCUUUUUAAAGCGUGUCACUAGCCUUGGGUAUUUUUGUGAAAAUGGAAAUCCACAUCACUUUUACACUUGAUUGGAAAAGAUAUUUUGAGGCUGUCGGAUUAAAAACUUUCCUGGGUCGUUCCUUUUGCCGUGUAUCAACCUGACAAUCUGUAUUUUCAUUUCCUUCAUAAAACCUGGACAUUUGUUUGUACCUCCUUUUAAUGUUUCUCUGCUCUUUUCGAUGUUGUUCAUGAGUUUUAGUGUUUGACAUUAAAAUAUUCUUUCAAUAAA